AUGUUGAAAAAGAAUCCAAAAUUCAUGCUCGCAAAUCGUUCACUUGUAAUGAAAACACAUUUGAAGCGACCUCUGCCAGAAAAGAUUAUGAGGUGCCGUCUGACAACUUUUGCCAUCGUCACGCUAUGCAUCUUCCUCGAUGUGCUCCCCACUCUCUGCAAGUCCAAGAAUGAUGCCCUGUCCAAGAAUGAUGCCCUCCACGAUUCGCCAUAUUCCUACAAAGUAGGAGGAUUCAACUAUCAUCACAACAAAGUUCACCCAUCAUGGACAGACCAUUUUCCGGGUACACCGAGACUAGGUCAACCUGCUCAGCAAUAUGGACAACAGCCGUCUCGUCCGAGGUCUCCUUCACGUCAAGGAUCGGUUUACCAAACAUACCAGCAACAUGGUGGCGGUGGCUUGUGA